AUGGGCUGCCAUAACUCCCGAGAAUCCCGCUCCGAACCCCAACCCCAGCCCCGGGCCGCCGCCACCGCACGCCCGUCCACGGCCCCGCCUCCGUACGAAAAGGAGGCCGACGCGCACCACCAGGCCACGCUGGCCGAGCUCCGCCAGCAGGGCAUCGAGCGCGGCCUGCGCGCCUUCGCCGAGGCCCAGCAGCGCGCCGCCGCCCAGGACGCCAAGGACCAGGCCAAGGCCGACAGGCGGGCUCGGAAUCGCGCCGCCCUGCGCGCCGCCCAGCAGGAAGAGGCCACCCGGCGCAUGUGGGCCGAGUACUCGAGCCGGGUCGCCUUUGGGGCCAACGUCGCUGCGUUCGGUGCGAACUUGGGGCACUACGGAGGAGUAAACGACGGAGGCGGAGGCGGCGGCGGCGAUGGAGGUGGAGGUGGCGGUGGUGACGGCGGCGGCGGUGGGACCUGA